GCCUGCAGAAGUAGCGCCUUCAUCGGUGAGGUGGAUGGUUCGACUAUCCUAAAGUAUCCACUGAAGCCGGGAGGUGAUUUGACGCGCCUCGAGCUUGAACAUAAGAUUCUCACCAUAUUAGUUGGUCAACAUCCUCGCAUUAUCGGCCACAAAGGGUUCAAAGAGACCGGCCUGUACCUUGAGCGUGCAGUCAACGGGACAAUCUUCGAUUGCCUGACCGCAUCAGAUAUUCCCGCU